UGUCAUGCGCGACGAGCAUCUGUCAAAUGACGGUUGGAACAUUUAAAUAUCAGUUGAUUUCAAAAAAAAUACCUCAGUUUGUUGCAAAGUAGAAAAAAGGCAAAAAAAUUAGCAAGAUACGAUGGCUUUAUCAGCUCCACACACGCCGAGGAACCUGUACGCCACCCCGCGAAGAGUAAGGCAACAGCAAGCGCUCGCACAGACUCCAGAAUGUUUCAAUAAGGUCACCAUGGAAACCCCAGUGUCAGUCCCAAAGAGACUGAGCAGUCGAGAGAAAUUUGACCAAGAGAGAAAUCUGACAGUGGCUGUGAGGGUGAGACCGAUGAAUGCAAGAGAACUGGCCUGCGUGAGUGUCUCUGAUGCUGUAACAGUGGAGGAUCAGGAAAUCAUUAUUAGAUCGAAUGUGAUAGGAAACCAGACGAAUCUUGAUCACAUCUUUCAGUAUGAUCACGUGUUUUGGUCUUGCGACGAGCACAAUGAUAUUUACUGCGGUCAAGAGGAAGUCUACCAGACAAUGGGUAUGCCAUUGCUGGAGAGUGCGUUCAGGGGAUACAAUGCAUGUUUGUUUGCAUACGGACAGACUGGUUCGGGGAAGAGUUACAGUAUGAUGGGACAGAAUACUGGAGAUGUUAUUGACAUUGACGUGAACGCGGGAAUAACGCCAAGAUUCUGCAAAGAACUGUUCGAUAGGGUUUCUGUGCUGGAGUGUCCUGCUUCGGUGGAGGUGAGUUACUACGAGAUUUACAACGAGAAGAUUCACGAUCUGCUGUCGGAGCAGACGACGAAUAAAACGCCUCUGAAAGUGAGGGAGCAUCCGGUUUGGGGUCCGUACGUGGUGGACUUGAGCGUGCACAAUGUGAAAUCUUACAAGGAGUUGCGAAGCUGGCUGCUGUUGGGGAACAAGAAUCGGGCGACGGCUGCGACGGCGAUGAACGAGAAGUCUUCACGGUCGCACAGUAUUUUCCAAAUUGAGGUUUGCUUAUCCGAAGGAUCGAAGGAGGGUAGUUCGUCGAGGAGGAGCAAGAUCAGUUUGGUGGAUUUGGCGGGUAGCGAGAGGAUUUCGAAUGCCAUGAACAACGAGGAGAGGAUCAAGCAGGGAGUCAGCAUCAAUAAAUCGCUGCUCACAUUAGGAAAAGUGAUCUCUGCUUUGGCUGAAAACAAGAAGUCGACGCAAUUUAUACCGUACAGGGAAUCGGUUUUGACCUGGCUUUUGAGAGAGAGUCUGGGUGGGAAUUCGCUGACGGCGAUGUUGGCCACAAUAACGCCAGCUUCUAGCAACAUCGACGAGACUUUGGCGACGCUGAGAUACGCGUGUCAGGCGAGAUCUAUAGUGAAUAGGGCUCGAAUCAACGAGACUCCCAACGACAAGUUAAUCAGAGAGUUGAGAGCUGAAGUGGAGCGACUGAGGGCUUUGACGCUGAACAACGAACGCAACUCCAUGUGUUCCAUGAUCAACGAGCAAGAAAACGAUGAAUUAAGAAUGAAACUAUCCAUGGCCGAGGAGCGGCUUUCAGCUGCAAAGGAUAACUGGGAGCAACGCUUCAUGGAAACCAGAAACCAAUUGGUUGAAACGGAGAAGAGGAAGGAAGAAUUGGAAUCGCACAUUAGAGUGAUGAAGGAAUCCGAGACGAUCCAAGUUAAUCUAUCUCCGUACAAAACUAACUUUCUACAAGAACUAGAGAAUAUUCUAACAAAUAGCGCCAAGAAGGAGAAGAAAGCAAAGAUCAUGAGCAAAACGGAGGUCGGUUUAGUUAUGAAUCAGAUCUACGAAGGUCUCAACAAUCUGAGACCGACGGUGGAUGCAGUCGACGAUAACGCGAAGCUGCUUUUCGCGAGGGUCAAUAAAAUGUUGCAGAAGUUCGAGUCGAAUUUGAUCAACGGAUUGAACGAACAGGGGUGCAGUAAAAAAGUUACAUUCGAUUUAUAACGACCGCUGCGCUUCACACAAUUAUUUAUUUGUUAUAUAAAUAUUAUUAAUAAUUUUUUUUUUUAUAUAUA